AUGCUUGAGAUCAGCAGACUUCUCGAAAUGGAUGAACUAGAGCGUUUAUCGCUGGUUUCGAAAGUCUGCUCAGAAUUGGACAAUCAUUUUGGUAUCAAGGAUAAAGAUGUGGCAGAGUUUAUUAUUGAACUCGCAACUAUGAACAAUACCUUUGAGAAAUUCAAAAGAGCACUUGACGAGCAGGGAUUGGGCGAGCAGUUUGAUGACUCGCUGACAGCUAACCUGCUUCGUCUAAUCCAGCAUAUGUUACCGAAAAAGAAGAACCAACGGAAAGGAUCAGGUUCAUCUCACAAGAUCACACUGAUAUCGGACGCGAAGGAAGAAAUAAAGGCGAGACUUCCCGCACUUGCUAUGCCAAAUAGUAACACCGACGAUAUGAUGAGUCAGUUGGAGAAUCUUGUUCCAAAAUGGAAAGAAGCGAAAAAAGAAGAGCUAACAGAAGAAGAAACUCUGAGAUUUUCCCCCCAGAGUAAGAAGAAUCGAGAUGAGAGCAGAUCCAAAAAAAGAAGUGGUCGCAGUCGAAGCAGGAGUAGACAAUAUCGAAGCAGAGGCAGAAAAGAAAGAAACUAUAGCCGAUCAAGGUAUUCACGUGUUUUCUCGGUCACUGCUAAG